GUUGACCUCUAGAUGAAUCUCACUUUCGAGAGUUCGUGGUUGGCGUGAACAAAAUUAGACAUGGAGAGAAAUGAAAAAAAAGUAUUGGUGACAGGAGCAUCAGGUUACUUAGGCAGUAAACUCUGCCAUACUUUACUCAACAAUGGCUACUCAGUCCGUGCUUUUGUCCGCCAUACUAGCAACCUCUCUUCUCUUCCUUCUCCUUCUUCUCCCAACUUCCAACUCUCAUUCGGCGAUGUAAAUGACAUUUCUACCCUUCACUCCGCUCUUUCCGGUUGCCACGUCAUCAUCCAUUCUGCUGCCCUUGUUGAGCCUUGGCUUCCUCAUUCCUCUUCUUUCUUCAAUGUUAAUGUUGGAGGGUUGAAAAAUGUAAUUCAAGCUUAUAGAGAUAGUAACACGGUUCAGAAGAUAAUUUAUACGUCGUCGUUUUUCGCUCUCGGACCUACUGAUGGCGGCGUCAUUGCCGAUGACAAUCAGGUACACCAUAAGAAUUUUUUUUGUACUGAAUAUGAGAAAUCAAAGGUUGAAGCUGAUGCAAUAGCAGUACAAGCUGCAUCAGACGGGGUUCCGAUUGUAUUAGUUUAUCCCGGAGUUAUCUACGGUCCUGGCAAGCUUACUGCUGGAAAUGUAGUAGCUAAAUUGCUAAUUGAGCGGUUUAAUUGGAGGCUACCUGGUUAUAUUGGACAUGGAAAUGACAGAUUUUCUUUUAGUUAUGUUGAUGAUGUGGUGGAGGGACACAUAGCAGCUAUGGAAAAAGGUCGUUUGGGUGAACGAUAUUUGCUUACAGGAGACAAUGCAUCAUUCAAGUAUGUUUUUGAUGCUGCAGCUGUCCUUACCAACACGAGUAAGCCACAUUGGAGUAUUCCCAUGUGGGUGAUAGAGGCUUAUGGAUGGAUUUCAGUUCUUUUUGCACGGAUUACCGGAAAGUUGCCAUUGCUCAGUCCCCCGACUGUAGCUGUAUUGCGGCAUCAAUGGGCAUAUUCAUGUGGAAAAGCAAAGAAUGAGUUGGGUUAUAACCCAAGGAGCUUGAAGGAUGGCUUAGAAGAGGUGCUUCCUUGGUUGAAGAAUUCAGGCUACAUAAAGUACUAAUUUACGGAGUAUACUCCGCAGUUGCACUAAAUUGCUAUGCUGCUGUAGUACUAAUUAGUAACCGUGUAAUUGCCUUCGAGGGUGUUGUUGCUUGUUGCCCUUGUUGCUGUGUUUUCUACACUGUACAUGAAACUUGAGCUGGGUCUUUCACUUGUAGACCCAGAGGAGGCGAUAAUCCUCGAGUUAAAAUUCUAAUGUUCAGUAAACACAUGCCUUAAUAUAAGGUUGUGUUCUCUUCAA